GAAAUCGAUAUCUAUAUUGAAAGUGAAAACUUCUGUAGACGGAAUAAAUUCAAUUAGCUAAAUUCGUUUUUAAGCAGUUUCUUUAGAAUCCAGUAAUAAUAAACAAUCAUAAAUCAUGUGCGGCGGUUUCACCUGCUCGAAAAACGCGCUAAUUGCGCUCAACAUUUUGUAUGUGAUGAUUGGAUUCCUGCUGAUUGGAGUGGGCGUGUACGCGCGUGCCGCCUCCAUAGUGACCAACCUGCCGAUUGUGGGCGGGAUCCUGGCCUGCGGUGUCAUCCUCAUAUGCAUAUCCAUGCUGGGACUCGCCGGAGCCGUCAAGCACCACCAAGUGAUGCUCUUCUUCUACAUGAUCAUUCUGUUCAUGCUGUUCCUGAUCCAGUUCUCCAUCGCCAGUUCCUGCUUGGCCGUCAACUCCGAACAGCAGCAGCAGUUCGCCGAGCAAGGAUGGAUGACGGUGCCCACGGAUUUGCGCAAACAAGUGCAGGAUAGUCUGAAAUGCUGCGGAUUCAAUGCCACCGCACCGAGCACAACUUCCGUGGUUCCCCCGUCCAAUGAGCCCUCGUGCGAGCUGAUCAAUCAACAGUGCUGUGCCCACUCGUCCGAGCCGGACUGCCGUUGCGAACCAUGUGGACCCCUACUGGAGGACAAGAUCGACUAUGCCUUCAAGUUGUGCGGCGGUCUGGGCAUCUUCUUCAGCUUCACUGAGUUCGUCGGCGUCUGGCUAACAGUUCGCUAUCGCAAUCAAAAGGAUCCGCGGGGCUUGCCCAGCGCUUUUCUCUAAAUUAGAAGCUAGUCGAGAGAGAGAUAAACAUUUUCCAGAUACAGAAACAUUCGAAAAUUCUUUAGUGCAUGUAUAUCUGCUCUGUCUCUGCUAAAUGUUUAAUGUUGCGAUGAAAGAUUUCAUGGCCCUUGGGGCCGACAUACCAUACAUAUACAAGCAUCCUUUAUAUUUAUACCAUCUACAUAUACAUAUAUACAUACAUAUAUAUUAAAUCACAUUGCCGCAGAACUAUGUACGUAAUGUGUUAGUUCGUAAUUGAUAUACAACUUUAGACAUAUAUACAUAUUAUAGAGAGAUAUAUAUAGAAGGAGAGAGCAAAGCGUUUAACCCAAAAAGCAAGCAAUCAGUUAAGAAACAUAUUUCCCUUUACUCUCAACACACUUUCUUUAACACUUUCGAAAAAAAAUUGUACUAACACCUGACUGCCUACUCUUUGACUAAGCAAAAAACCAACUAGAGACCAAGGGUCCUGGCUGUUUUCCUGGCGCGUCGCUACCGCAACCAACAUGAUCCUUGCUAUCUGCCCGCACGCGCCGUCUUUCCGCACGAUUAUUUAUAUUGAACAGGCUGAAAAUACAACAAGGAAGUGAAACAUUUUAGUCAAAGGGACGAAGGCUGAAUUUUAAUUCUUACAAUCGCGUUUCCUAACCAGAAUCGAAUCCAAACUGGAACAAAAGAUUACUCUUAAUAGAAGGAGAAGGAGAUGGUGGAGGAGUUAUACAUGUGCUCAACGCUGCUGCUAUUAAGGAUAAUUUUAUUUUACCAUUCUACAUGCUAUAAAUGCACAAUGUUAUUUAAUUACAAAACCUCCAUUGAGAUUAUGUUUAGAUGUAAUAAUGUAAUCUAAGUUUAACCGUUUAAAAGUCCUUAGUUAGCUCUUAAUGCCUUUCUUUGCAACUCGCAACAAUCAUGAACGACUCGACGUGACUCGACCUCCACUCAAAACUACUGUACCACUACGAGACAAACAUUUCAACAACCUGAUCUUACUGUAGAACUAACAACCAGUCAACAAUUGUAACUAGCAACGUAAUAAGUAUACAUCAACCUAUAUACAAACGUAAUUGCAUUAUUGCCCUCAAGGCGUAUAAACAAUACUCUAAAUGUUAGCUGUGUGUUAAACUUUAAACUAGCGAGAAAAAAUGCCCACAAAAUAACAAAAAAAGAGUAAUCCUCUAUACAUACAUGUCAACAAUUAUACAAGUCUUUAUGGAUAAAACCCUACACAUAAGAAAACUGCUUCUUCGAAUUUUUCACUUCUUUUCCGCACUAGCUCGACUUUCUCUGCAGCUUAUCCUUCUCGACUUUUGCCCUCGCCAAGCGCCACCAGCCGUCAAAAACAGAUUGAAACACAUCACACCCAACACGCUACUCCUCUACGCACACUUCACACUCACAUGAAAAUAGUUUCCUUUCCAGUUUCCUUUCGAGCGACAAGUAAACCAUUAGAUAAUAUUCUCUGUAUUCUGUGCUGUGAUUGAAGUAAAUAUGAUCUUUAAAACAACAUAAGCAAAACGAAAGCGAGUCUUGAGUUUCAUUUCCCGCCUUUCCCCAAACCAAAUUAAUGAGCGACACUCCCACUUGGGAAUUCGCGGUUGGGAUAUCAUUAGCGAAGGGUCUCGGCUUACCACAGGCAUCCUUACUUGCCACAAAAGGUGGCGGAAUGGAUGAGGGCUGUUCAGGUUGAGGAAGCAUAGGAAUUUGUAUGAUGGUGUUUUCCAUUUAAUAUGGCGUACUCGUUCCUAUGCUGAACUUAAUUUGUCUAUUAAUUUUGAAUUUGAUUUAUUUACUACUUUUAUGCAAUGUUUUGUUGAAUGAAUGUAAACUAACAAAUAUCCCAUGCAGCAAUAAAAU